CAUUGGAUGUAAACCAAGUUUUAAGGAUAGCACUGUAGAAACAAUUUGUACCAAACGAAUGAGAAAACUUUUUGCUUGAAAACGAGAUAAAAGCGACAAUGGAUACAGCGGUCCACCACUCUGUAGGUGCACACGUCAAGUCGCCUGUCACUUCUACAACGGAGAACAGAUUUGACAUGGUUGUCACGCCACCGUAUUCUGGCAUUCACAAUGUACAGGAGUUCAACGAGAAGAAGUCGGAACAUUCCCGAGUGCAUGACGGAGGUAACGGCUCGCUGUCGCCAUCUAGCGACAACAGCGAUCAAGGUUCAUCGAGCUCUGAAGGGGCAGACCAGUUUACAAGGUCAGAGACUGACGGCGAGCGGCAUAAUUCUUCAUACUCUAACUACUUGAUGAUGUUAGCCUAUGCGAACGCCAAUCAGUUGCAAGUAGCCCCUCAGUACUUGGAAGCUUUGCGCCAAAGAUUUGGACAAGUGGACAGAAGUCCAAACCGGGUUGCCGAUGCACGGGAGCAUGAAAGUGAUGACGAAGUAGAAGAAGCUAGUCCGAAAGAUCGGCGACCCUCUCCUGGCAACGGAGGUAUGGAAACAGGGGGUCAAGCCAAAGAACGAGAAGAAAAUGGUGGCUUCGAAAUAACAUCUGCCUCUCUUUCUGAUGCUGGUACAGGAAAACAAAGUUUGCCGUGUGAACUGGAGGCGAAGGAGAAACCAUCUUCUGGAGAACAUAUUGCAAAGCAAGAAAUCUUGGCAACGUAUUCUCUUUGUGGUAACGCUCGCAAACCAGAGGCAAAGCCUAAUAGCUUUCAAUACGUUCGCUGGGGGCCACAUCACGCAUCCGAUGUUCAACGCAUGUCGUCAACGAAGAUUGAAGUGGACCAGAAUCGUAAGGAUCUCGCAAAUAAAUCAUCAAUGUCGAACUAUCCUGUUGACGACUUACGUUCGCCUGCCUGUGAAAUGGUCGCAUCAAUAGAUGCUGCUAACGAGUUCAAAUCCUUUGCGAACAAUUACAGUAAAGACAACAAGUGCCCAACACCCGGGUGCCAAGGUACUGGUCACAUAACAGGGCUGUAUACACACCAUCGCAGUUUCAGCGGCUGCCCAAAUAAAGACAGAAUGCCGAAAGAAGCAAUUCAAGCACUGAAUGACGGAGCAAAAAAGUGUCCAACCCCGGGUUGCGUAGGAAAAGGCCACGUUAAUGGAAAUCGGCAGACACACAGAAGCGAGUCUGGAUGCCCAAUAGCUGCACGGAAUAAGCGAAUGCAACAACAAAUGAAAAAUGGCAGCAAGCACAUGAGAAAGCCGUUCGAAUGUAAAGGUCCAUUCAACAACUUGUAUAAACGCUUCGAGGCUUCUGAACGUACUAUUACCGCCGAAAACAAAGCUUCAAACAAAAAUGACAAAGCAAUGAUGCAUGCUACCGGGACUCACCACAUUCAAAAUCAUUUUAGCUCAGCAGAAAACCGAACAUCUGAACCACUCAGCACGCAGCAACAAAUGCAUUUAAGUCGCAUGGCAGCUGCCACAGCCGUACCAGCACACCAGCAAAUUCCACGAUUUUACCCGGGAAGUUUUACACCAACUGCCAAUACUAGCGGUUUGUUCGGAAUGACACCUGUGCACAUAUUCGAAGCUUUUCGCAGACACCACCAACAAGCAGCUCUGUCACAAAUGGGGUGUGUACCUUCAAGCUUCGUAAAACAACCGCAUUUCCCGGCAAAUUCGGCAAGUGGCCGUCGCAAUUCUGACGAAUCCAUCAGUGUGGCGACACCUCCUCGUUCCAGCACACCAGAUCCAAACCAGCCGCUGGGUGUGAGCAAACCAAGCCAUUAUAACAUGUCAGAUAAUGAAGUAGUUCCGUUGGAAAAGGUUGCACGAGAGAGAGAUCACAGCAUUGAAAGCAUAAUAAAAGAAUCUCCAAACUCAGCGGCGAUAAAACUUUCGCCACGAAGUGUUCAUUCUGAAGAUAAUGAAAGUUUAAUCGAAGAAAGAAAUUCCCGCCCUCCCCCUCCACUUCAGCAGGCUUUCAUGCCGUCUUCCACUCAGGAUUGGCUCAUGAAACAGAUGCAUCCAGCUCGUGUUAAUUUUAUGCGAUCGGAUCCAAGAAGAUUCAUGUUGCCCUUUCAAAUGGCCCGUUCUUUGCCAUCGUUCGGUCGACAAGAGACUGAAAGCAGAGAUUCACCAAGCGAAGAUGAAGACAUAAAUGAACGUCGCGAUUCUGGUUACGAUGGUAGUCCUGGGAGAAAGAAGAAUGUUGAUACUGCUAGUCCACCACAGAAGAUUGCAAAACAGGACAACCAAGCAAACGUACGAGAUGAAACUUCGAACGAAUGCGCGUUGGACCUUAGUACGAAGUUAAAGGUUAAAAAUGGCCCAACAGACGAAAGUGAAAAACAGCGGACACCAAUAAAAAAUGAAGCAACCGAGAUCACCUCUGCUAUGCAACCAACGUCAGCGCCAUUCCGCUAUUCGAAUCCACACGAUAUCCAGUCGUUACUAGCUAGCAGAUUUCUGUCUCGGCCAGGCGCAUCUAUGGCACGUAAACGUUCGUUCGAAGAGAGCAACAAAUGCAACACAUUUGCACCAAAACCUUCCCAUUCGACAGAAGUAAGCGAAAGAAAGCAACUACUGGAAGAUCUUAAACGUCGCACAAUGAUUCAACAACACCAGGACAAAACAUUAAGAAGAAGCAUGCCACACCUUUACAGCAGCGCAGGUAUGGUCGGCACCUUACCUUCCAUGGCCCCUUUCAUGUCUCGCCUGUCAUCAAUGCUACCCAAAUCUCAUGAAACCGAAAAAGCGGGUUUUUCAAAUAAAGUAAACCAACAACUCCCGCUGAUACCGUGGCAAAACAGACAAAAGUUGUCAUCGAAAAAGAAAGAACUACAGUCGUGCCCGAUGCCUGGGUGUGAUGGGAAAGGACACGCGACAGGCAACUACACCUCACAUAGAAGUUUAUCAGGGUGUCCACUCGCGCCAAGGGGCUUAGUUACUGCGUGUGCUUGCGAGCAAAAAUGCCCAACUGAAGGAUGCGAUGGUUCAGGACAUUCGACGGGCAACUAUACAUCUCACAGAAGCUUGUCGGGCUGUCCACUAGCAAAGCGAAACAGAUCCCUAAGUCACGGUCUCAAGCCGUACACUGAUAUGUCGCCCCCUGCAAACGACAUGCGGAUACAAGUUUCAUCUCAGUUGGAAAACGAACUGACCGAAAAAGAUACUGAACCAAUGCAAACCGAGUUCUAUGCCCCUCACAAUACUCCAGUUGUCAAAACCGAACCAAUCUCUCCUAUUCUGCAAAACAAUCACUCAGGUUGUGACGAAAGAAUGAACUACGAUGACGCUACAGUAAUGACAAAAAACCGUAUUCAAACCCCAAGCCCUAAUCUCACUGAUAACGAAAGAACGAAAAUCGAACACGGCAAUCGUGACCAGAGUAGAAGGUCGCUUUCAUUCGACGAAGACAGCGCCAACCGAAACAAUGACUGUGACGUCAUCGAAUCUCGGCUUCCACAACAAGCGAUGGCAACAACCAGCGAGACAACCACAUCGAAUGGUAUUAGUAUCGCUUCUAACCCUAAUGCAGUGGCGGUGGAAAACCUGGAUAAUGAAGAGAUGAAAACGCAAUUACUCGCCUACCUUGGUGGCAUUGCCCUCCCACACUCUAGGCCUCUCUGUCCACAGGAAUUCCCAACACGAGAAAAUUUCGACUCCUACAUACAACAACUUCGACAGUGCUGUAGCGACCUUUCUAACACCGACAACAUAGCUCUACUCGAUGCAGUGAAACAAGCAGUUCCUAAAAACUUCGAUUUCGGCAUUGUAAAAUUAUAAACAGGGAUACAUCGUAACUCGUAACUAUAUAUUAUAUAUACUAACUUCUUCAUUUUGCGCGUCGAUAAGUCGUUUAGGGUCAGUAACAUAACGUUGUACAUGUUUUUUCCACCUCGCAUCAAAACUUCAAACCGAUUAGUUCAUUUUUUGUAUAUUUGUUUCGCUCGUUUACGUUUUGUUGCACCUGGCAACGACCUGCAGCCUGCUCAUUACUUCAAAUGCAUUACUGCUAGAGGUUUAUACUUCAGUGGUUGCACACAUUUAGGUAGAUUAUUGUAUUACACUGUCGUGUUAUUUUUUGUAGCUCUGGUUUAAGUUAUAACAGCUGUAUAUACAAACGCUUGUAUUUUUACCGCUGCUCCGAUAAGACAUAUUUUCCGAGGGCAACACGUCGCUAUAUGGCACUGUGGCGCUAUAAAAACGCAAUCGUUAAUGCAAAUCGCCGAGUCAAUCAUACAGUUGUAGCUUGUGGUACAAGUAUUCCAAUUCAUACAAAAACUGUAACAAUCGUGGUCGUCGACCGCAUUUUGCACGAUAUAAAACCACUGUACCAAUGUCUUAGCGUCAGCGACACAACCAGAUACACUCAGAUACACAUCACUUGAUACUAUUGAAUGCUUUAUCUUCAAUUUAUUACAAUCAGUAUAGGCUACUGUAUACUAAACUGCCUAUUUUGCGCGCUAUUAUUUUCAUUCACUUUACCCACCCUUCAAUCACAUAACUCUUUGUACAAGCUAGUUAAAAAACUGUACAUAUUUACAAUACAUAUAUCUACCGUACAAUACAUACUGUGCACGUAUUAUUAUUAUAGUACUUCUGUUAUGUGCUUUUCUGUCGUAAUUUAACUGUACACUCAUCACCCUGGUACACAGAUUGUGUUUUUGCAACGAGAUUACUAUUCCCGAAUAAACGGUAGCUGCUUAUA